UGUGAGGUAUCCACCAUCUGCAAUUAAAGAAGUUACAGUUCAGACAGCUCAUGAAAAGACCAGGCAGUGCUUACUUUCUGAAGUUAUUUUACCAACCCCUACACCUACCAUUGAUCAUGCAUAUAGCUUAAACAGGAUUUCUGAUUCAUAUGAGUCCAAAGACCAGGCGUGUCAAACAAUACUGACUGGUGAUGACAUUGAUAGAUUGAUUAGUUUGGAAAAAAACAGAGAUGUUCUUUUAAGGGAGGAAGUGGUAGACAUUGUGACAAAAAAUGAUGAAAAUGUAAAGAAGUAUACUGGAGUGCCAUGUAAAUCUCAACUAAUUGGAAUAUUUGAAGUAUUAGAUGAAGCUGAACCAAAAGUGAAGUAUUGGUCUGGUAAACAGUCUACUGAAGAUGUCAACUACCAGAGUUUAGACAGAUGCAAGAGUGGACCACCGAGAAAACUUUCCAAAUUCCAUGAAUAUAUUCUGACACUUAUGAAACUACGUCUUGCUAUAUUAUCAUUUGUUUUGGGUGAUUUGUUUGGUGUAUCGGAAUCAAGAGUUUCUCAGAUAUUUACCACAUGGAUAAAUUUAAUGCAUAUGGUUUUGACACCUUGCAUUAAGUGGCCAUCUAGACGUAACAUUAAGAAGUAUAUGCCAAGAUCAUUUCAGACCAGUUUUCCCAAAACUACUGGAAUAAUUGACUGUACAGAAAUGUUUAUUCAGAAACCAAAAUCACCUACAGCUCAAAGUAGAACGUACAGUUCAUACAAAUCGCAUAACACUUUCAAAUGUCUUGUUUGUAUAACUCCAUCAGGAGCAUUUUCAUUUAUCUCUGAUUUGUGGGGUGGUAACACUUCAGACAGAUACAUCACAGAGCACAGUGGCUUUCUUGACUCGAUUAAACCUGGUGACGAAAUAAUGGUGGACAGAGGAUUCACUAUUCGUGAUCUAUUGACUGAUCGAAGGGCAACAUUAGUAAUUCCUCCAUUUACAAAGAAAUGUAAAUGGGAAAAGGGGAAACGACUCUCUGCAGCAGAUGUUGUUAAGACUAAAUCUAUUGCCAAACAUAGAAUCCAUGUGGAAAGAUCAAUUCGAAGGCUAAAACUGUUUCGUAUGUUGUCUCAGGUGAUGGACAUUAAAUUUAAACCAUUGGCCAAUCAAAUGGUCAAACUCAGUGGAUUCGUUUGUAACUAAGAUAAGCCACUAGUAACAAAAUAAAAAGCAAAUUGAAAGAUUUUUUUCUUGUUUACUCUGAAAAAAAGAACUAACUUGUUUGAAUUGUUUUACAUUGUCUUAUCAGUGCCUUUUUUGGCUGACUCUGCAGUAUGGGUUUUGCUCAUUAUUGAAGUCGAACAGUGACCUAUAGUUGUUA